AUGGCUGCCUCUAUCGUGAGUGCAGCAUCCGAGACCGGCACUACUGCCGCCUCCGAUGCAAAUGACGACAGUUCCUUGGACCCUCUCAACGGAGUUGAGGAUAGCAGGGAAGCUAGCACACGGGGCCUCAGGACACUAGUGCGUGAACGGAUCAAGAAUGGAUUCUAUCGCCUAUCCAUGAAGUCCAUUUGGCACCCUCGCAAGAAAUCCACCCCGCCCGCAGUGGUGUUUCCUUACCAGAACGACGGGAAACCUCUUGACCCGGAGGAUUUCAUCCGCGACAUUGAGCUCAUUGUCAGGAUCGAGGAUGAGAAUGGCACGAGAGACGUGCCGACAAAGACCCUUCUACCUGCUAAGUUCGACUUUGGGUUUGACGAGGGAUCUUAUGGUGACGACUCGCUCAUCAUCCUCAACCGCGGCAUCGUCCCUCAGUUGAACCUCCCAGAUGGCCUCAUAACGUAUUAUGAAGACCCUGAAAACCCGCCCGUCCGAUUCGAGAUGGCCGAUGGCUCCGUCAUGAAACUGUAUGGAGAGUUGGAUGUGAAGUGGGCCAUCCGCGGAGUCGCCAAGAAGUGCAACAACCAGAAGCUUUUCCCCACCGGAGAGAAGUUCAUCAGAUCGCGGUGCGUUCUGAUGAGAGAAGAAUCGCCUCACAGCUGCCUCAUCGGCUGGAAUACCAUCCAACUGAACAAGCUUGAUCAGAAGCGAGCCAGCUUGGUAGAUGCAGCUGGGCGUCGUGAUGAUGCACCGAAGACGAAUAAGAGCCGUGAGGAGGAGAAGAAAGACAUGCUGAAGCAGCAACGAAGCGAUGAAAACCGCGCACAGCAGAUGAUCCAGGUCAAGAAGAGAGCGGCCGCGAAGGAAAAGAGGAAGAAAGACAAGGGUGAGAGCGGCCGCGAAGGAAAGGAGGAGAAGAAAGACACGCUGAAGCAGCAACGAAGCGAUGAAAACCGCGCACAGCAGAUGAUCCAGGUCAAGAAGAGAGCGGCCGCGGAGGAAACGAGGAAGAAAGACAAGGGUGAGAGCGGCCGCGAAGGAAAAGAGGAGAAAAGACAAGGGUGA